GGAGUUGGGGUUCCACAUGAGCUCCAGAGAGUGGACGCAAUACUGGAUAGUAGGCUCGUGCUGGCACAAGGAUUUGAUGAAGUGCUUCCACAAAUUCUAUGGUGGCUUGCCAGUCACCAUCAGAGAUUUCGACACGUUUGAGUGUCAGAUAGGCAACAACUUGCUUUGCAAUGGCCAGAGACCAAUCCAGCUUGCGUAGAAGUCUGUCAGAGGAUUCUCGUGUUCCGUGUUUGAAGACAUUCCGAAAGUAUUCCACCAGAUGGAAUAUCACCCCGGCCUCGUCAUCCGAGACAACGAGCUUCUCGCCACCUUGGCAUUCUAUGGUGAAUCCUUUGUUGCCUGCAUCUUCAUCAUUGUCCUCAAUCUUUACGUUUUAUACAGAAGAUCGUUUAGAAAUGGCAUAUAUAGCAAAGCAUCGAGACAGCGAAAAUUUCAGAACUCGUAGAGGAAUGUACCGCUGUGCGGAUUGGCAGUCUGCGCUGGUAUCGGUACCGGUAUGCCAUAAAUCUGCCAUACCGGUAGUGUCGGUCUCACGAGUGAAGACAGAUAGCACCUGCCUCUCGACCCCCUUUAUCUUGAAGACAGCAAAUCGCUCUUCGUGUGGUAUGCACAAUGUACCGGUCCUGUUCCGGUACAUGUACAUGUACCGGUACGGGUACCAGGUACCGAAGAAGAAGAGCACUGAUUAUCCAUGUUUCAGUUGCUCUUUCUUCAACAUGCUGGUUAAUUAAACCGGCAAAGCAAGAGUCAAGCUAUCAGAGUGCUUGUUUCAAUCGCACAUGAACAUACGUACCCUACCCGGUACAUCGAAAGUGGCAGACGGUUCGGAGGAGGAGAGGCUCACAAUACUGUACCAACAGCAACACAAAAACAAACACAACACAAAAACAACAACAGCAGACAAAAACACAACACAACACAACACAACACAACAACUACCAUGAAGAUUCAAAUGAGCCUACCAGUUUUCAUCUUGGCAGCAGCGGGCACUCCCAGCUCUGUUUCUGCAAUCAAGGGUGCUAAAGACAACAAAGCGGCAGCUGAAGGCAACUUUGAAAUUCAACCAAGAAGGCUUCGAGCUCUCAAGUCAACACAAGGUCAAGGGAGUGUUGCCAGAGAUGGACUGAUUGAGAUAAAGCCUUGUGUCCCCUGGUCUUCUGUCUCAUCUGCACAAACGACAAACCCCCAAACAGACAGUGCCUGCGUGAGCAAUCCCCCAUCAACUGGUGGGUGCUGUCGCGACUACCACUGGCUCCUAUGGGAUGCUACCAACAGUUAUCCUUAUGUUCCAUGCAUUUGCAAUGACAUAACACAAGAUCCAAACAGCUUUGUACCCUCCACACUUCCACCAUUUUCUAGCAACCCUGGGCCUAGUAACAAUGGGCCUGGCCACAGACGCAAGCUUGAGAAACCAACUCCCAACGGAAACGAUGAUGUUGAGAAGGAUGAGAACAAGCGUGAGCUCAAAAAAGGACCUUCUGCCCGCAAUGGGAAUAUUGAAAGUGAAGGAUUGAAGGAGAUCAGGCCAUGUGUCCCAUGGUCUUCCAUUACAGAAGCACAGAAGACAAAUGCUGAGAGUGACAGUGUCUGUGCAACCAACGAUCCCAGCACAAAGACAGGAGGAUGCUGCCGUGCUUUCGUUUACUUGUUGUGGGAUGACAACAACAGCUACCCCAAUGUGGAUUGCAUCUGCAAUGACAUUACACAAGAUCCAAGCAACUUCAUGUCUGACACCAAUCCCCCAAUUGAUAUCAGUGGCACAGUCUCUGACCCCAUCUACACUGGGCAGGACCAUGGAAAGAUGCGACGAGGUCUCGCCAGCUCUGCCUCAAACUAGAGAUUCAAAUCAUUGAGCAAAAAAUGCUCAUGUUUCACCCAAUAGAACCACAUAGAGUGUGAAGUGGAAGCAAGACAAUUUUUCUAGAACUAAAGUAUAGAUCAUCGCAACAAUAAC